CGUCUUCUCUUAUGGUGUUGGCCUAGGCCUGGACGGUGGGCCCAAGCUCCUCUCUCUCAUCACGUUGCCCUCACUGUUGUUCUGCAGCUGCAGAGGGCAGGGCUGAGGAGCCUGAAGGUCCCGCGCCAGGAUGAAGACUGUAUUCAUGGUGGCUGAAAAGCCCUCCCUGGCGCAAUCCAUCGCCAGGAUCCUCUCCCGAGGGAACAUGUCCUCCCACAAAGGACUGAACGGGGCCUGCUCCGUCCAUGAGUACACUGGGACCUUCGCUGGCCAGUCUGUCCGCUUCAAGAUGACAUCCGUCUGUGGUCACGUGAUGACCCUGGACUUCCUAGGAAAGUACAACAAGUGGGACAAGGUGGACCCUGCGGAGCUGUUCAGCCAAGCCCCGACAGAAAAGAAGGAAGCUAACCCCAAGCUGAACAUGGUGAAGUUCCUGCAGGUGGAGGGCAGAGGUUGUGACUACAUCGUGCUGUGGCUGGACUGCGACAAGGAAGGGGAGAACAUCUGCUUUGAGGUCCUCGAUGCCGUCCUGCCUGUCAUGAAUAAGGCCCAUGGUAGCGAGAAGACAGUGUUCCGGGCCAGGUUCAGCUCCAUCACAGACACAGACAUCUGUAACGCCAUGGCCCGCCUGGGGGAGCCGGACCACAACGAGGCGCUGUCAGUGGACGCCCGCCAGGAGCUGGACCUGCGCAUCGGCUGUGCAUUCACCAGGUUUCAGACGAAAUACUUCCAGGGAAAAUACGGUGAUUUAGACAGCUCUCUCAUUUCCUUUGGGCCAUGCCAAACCCCCACCCUGGGCUUCUGCGUGGAGAGACAUGAUAAAAUCCAGUCGUUCAAGCCGGAGACCUACUGGGUGCUGCAGGCCAAGGUUAACGCCGAUAAAGACCGAGCGCUCCUCCUGGACUGGGACCGCGUGAGGGUGUUUGACAGGGAGAUCGCACAGAUGUUUCUAAACUUGACCAAGCAGGAGAAGGAAGCCAAGGUGGAGGCCACAAGCAGGAAGGAGAAGGCCAAGCAGAGGCCGCUCGCCCUGAACACCGUGGAGAUGCUGCGGGUGGCCAGCUCUUCUCUGGGCAUGGGCCCACAGCACGCCAUGCAGACGGCUGAGCGACUUUACACGCAGGGCUACAUCAGCUACCCGCGCACAGAGACCACCCACUAUCCCGAGAACUUCGACCUCAAGGGUUGCCUGCGGCAGCAGGCCAAUCACCCCUACUGGGCUGACACGGUGAAACGGCUAUUAGCAGAAGGCAUCAACCGCCCACGCAAGGGCCACGAUGCUGGCGACCACCCCCCCAUCACGCCCAUGAAGUCUGCCACAGAGGCGGAAUUAGGUGGGGACGCAUGGCGACUGUACGAGUAUAUCACCCGGCACUUCAUUGCCACGGUCAGUUAUGACUGCAAGUAUCUGCAGACCACAAUUUCCUUCCGGAUCGGGCCCGAGCUCUUUACCUGCUCAGGGAAGACUGUCCUCUCCCCAGGCUUCACAGAGAUCAUGCCCUGGCAGAGCGUGCCCCUGGAGGAGAGCCUGCCCACCUGCCAAAGGGGCGACAUCUUCCCCGUGGCCGAGGUCAAGAUGCUGGAGAAGCAGACCAACCCGCCCGACUACCUGACCGAGGCUGAGCUCAUCACACUCAUGGAGAAGCACGGCAUUGGCACCGAUGCCAGCAUCCCCGUGCACAUCAACAACAUCUGCCAACGUAACUAUGUCACCGUGGAGAGCGGGCGCCGGCUCAGGCCCACCAACCUCGGCAUCGUCCUGGUGCACGGCUACUACAAGAUCGACGCAGAGCUGGUGCUGCCCACCAUCCGCAGCGCUGUUGAGAAGCAGCUGAACCUGAUCGCCCAGGGCAAGGCCGACUACCGCCAGGUCCUGGGCCACACCCUGGACAUCUUCAAGCGCAAGUUCCACUACUUUGUGGACUCCAUUGCUGGCAUGGAUGAGCUGAUGGAGGUGUCCUUUUCACCCCUGGCGGCCACGGGCAAGCCCCUGUCACGCUGUGGGAAGUGCCACCGCUUCAUGAAGUACAUCCAGGCUAAGCCGAGCCGCCUGCACUGCUCGCACUGUGACGACACCUACACGCUGCCCCAGAACGGCACCAUCAAGCUCUACAAGGAACUGCGCUGCCCGCUGGACGACUUUGAGCUGGUGCUGUGGUCCUCAGGCUCUCGUGGCAAGGCCUACCCACUGUGCCCCUACUGCUACAACCACCCUCCCUUUCGGGACAUGAAGAAGGGCAUGGGCUGCAACGAGUGUACACACCCCACCUGCCAGCAUUCCCUGAGCAUGCUGGGCAUUGGCCAGUGCGUGGAGUGCGAGAACGGGGUGCUGGUGCUGGACCCCACCUCGGGCCCCAAGUGGAAGGUGGCAUGCAACAAGUGCAAUGUGGUAGCACACUGCUUUGAGAACGCACACCGCGUGCGGGUCUCGGCUGACACCUGCACCUCCUGUGAGGCCGCCCUGCUGCACGUGGACUUCAAUAAGGCCAAGUGUCCCCUGCCAGGUGACGAGACCCAGCAUACGGGCUGCGUGUUCUGUGAUCCCAUCUUCCAGGAGUUGGUGGAGCUGAAGCAUGCUGCCUCUUGUCACCCCAUGCACCGUGGUGGCCUGGGAAGGAGACAGGGCCGGGGGCGGGCCCGGGGCCGGCGGCCUCCUGGGAAGCCCAACCCCCGGCGGCCCAAGGACAAGAUGUCAGCCCUGGCUGCCUACUUUGUAUGACGACCCCAUUUCCUCCCCCACAUGGUUGUCCUUUGGGCCCCUGAAACCAUUAAAGGCAUUGUGUCCAGA